GACCACCUCGAGCUCGUCUAGCGCGCAUAGCUCAGCACUUCAGCCACUCGCCGCUCGCCCAUCUUCAUCGCCUCGUCCUUCAUCUCAACCCCGCUCUCCCCUUUCCCCUCCUCCAUGUCCGGCCGCGUCCCGAUCGGCUCGUUCCUCCUCCUCAUCGGCACCGCCACCGGCCUCGCGUACGGCCUCAUGGCCGUCACGACCCCGUCCGACCAGCAGUUCUACGACUCGCUCGCGCCCGACCUCAAGCGCAAGGUCGACGCCCAGCGCGCACUCAAGCAGGGCGCACAGAGCGAGCUCGUGCGAGAGAGCCAGGCCCAGCUCGACGCCAUCAAGGCACAGAACGAGGGUCCGGUGUGGGCCGACGCGGUCGACCCGCGAAAGAAGUGAUCGGCUCGGACCUCGUCUCUCUGUAUCAGCGACCCUCGCAGACUGCCCUGUAAUCACACUCGUUCCCGCGCACUCUUU